AUGGUAAACGCGGCCGAGCUUCCGGACCACAUCCGGGAGUUCCAAGCUGCUCUAGAGUUUCCCCAGGGUAUAGAGGUGCUGAAUGGCUGCCACUUCCUCAUCUCACCACCGAAGGUCAACGCGAGCGACUACCACAAGCGCAAGGGCUGGUAUAGCAUCAUCCUGCCGGUCCUCGUAGACCACUGGUACCGGUUCCGGUAUCUGAACGUCGGGACACCUGGGCAGUGCCACGACGCACCUGUGUACCGGAGGCCGGCUCUGGCGGCCGUUCUGGAAGGACGAACGCUGCAGAUGCCCAUGGUCACUGUCAACGGGACCACCGUGCCGCCCCUGAUCCUGUGUGACCAGGCAUUCCAUUUAAUAUCCAACAUGCUCAAGCCGUACCCUCGCAAGAACGUUAAGAAAGGCUCUCCCCUGGAAGACUUCAACCGACAGCUGUCGUCUGCUCGCCGAGUCGUGGAGAACGAUUUCGGAAGGGUCAAGGCCCGAUUCCGCUUUAUUAUGAAGAGGAUGGAGUGCGAGAUGCCGAGGUAG